AUGCUGCCACUGCUGCUGCCCCUGCUGUGGGCAGCUGAGUGGGUGGAAGGAUCCUUGGCUGAGAGUGAAAUUUUCGGGCUGCAAGUGCAGGAGUCAGUGACGGUGCAGGAGGGUCUGUGUGUCCGAGUGCCCUGCACUGUCUUCUACCCACAGGAUGGCUGGAAUGACUCUACCCCAGCUCAUGGCUACUGGUUCCAGGAAGGGGCAAAUCCAUACCAGGAUGCUCCUGUGGCCACAAACAACCCAGAUUGUGAAGUGCGGGAGGAGACCCAGGGCCGAUUCCACCUCCUCGGGGACCCUCGGACCUACAACUGCUCCCUGGACAUCAGAGAUGCCACCAGGAGGGACAAUGGGAAAUACUUUUUUCGGGUAGAGAGAGGAAGAAUGAAAUGGAAUUAUAAAUCUAACCAUCUCUCUGUGCAUGUGAUGGCCCUGACCCGCACACCUGACAUUCUCAUCCCGGGGACCCUGGAAUCUGGCAGCUACAGGGACCUGACCUGCUCUGUGCCCUGGGCCUGUGAGCGGGGCACACCCCCCAUCUUCUCCUGGACAUCAGCUGCCCUCACCUCCCCGGGCCCCAGGACCCACCUCUCCUCGGUGCUCACCCUCACCCCACGGCCCCAGGACCACGGUGCCAACCUCACCUGUCAGGUGAAGUUCCCUGCAGUUGGUGUGACUGUGGAAAGGACCAUCCAGCUCAACGUCACCUAUGCUCCACAGAACAUGGCCAUCAGCAUCUCCCAAGGAAACAGCACAGCCCUCAUGAUCCUGCAAAAUGCCUCGACUCUUCCCAUCCUGGAGGGCCAGGCUCUGCGGCUGCUCUGUGUUGCUGACAGCAACCCCCCUGCAGAGCUGAGCUGGUUCCGGGGGUCCCCAGCCCUGAACGCCACCCCCAUCUCCACCACUGCCAUCCUGGAGCUGCCUCGAACAGGGACUACAGGAGGAGACUUCACCUGCCUCGCUCGGCAUGCGCUGGGCUCCCAAACUGUCUCUGUGAGCCUCUCCAUGGUCUACCCCCCACAGCUGCUGGGACCCUCCUGCUCCUGGGAGGAUGAGGGUCUGCACUGUGGCUGCUCAUCCCAAGCCCAGCCGGCUCCCUCCCUGCACUGGCGCCUGGGGGAGGGUCUGCUGGAGGGGAACAGCAGCAACGCCUCCUUCACCAUCACCUCCAGCUCCUCCGGGCCCUGGGCCAACAGCUCCCUGAGCCUCAGCUGGGGGCUCAGCUCCGGCCUCAGACUCAGCUGUGAGGCCUCAAAUGUCCACGGGGCCCAGAGCAUGACUGUCCUGCUGCUGCCAGGGAGAUCAGGGCCCGUGGCAGAAGUGGUUCUGGUGGUCAUUGUGGAAGUGACUGUGAAGACCCUGCUCCUCCUCUGCCUCAUCUUCCUCAUGUGA